AUGAAGCCCUCGGCCAGGGAGGCCCUUCCUCUCGGCUUUGGGAGAGCCGCUUUGGAAGCUCCCUUUCCCGCGGUUCCUCCACCCGGCGGCCGCGACUGCGGGACGCAGGGCGGGUGGGGGACAGAAAGGCCGGGGAAGGAGACUGCGGGGAGGGCGAGGGGACGCGCGCGCGGGUGCCGGCCGGGGAGCGAGUCCCCGGGCGCCGCCGCUGCUGUUGUCCCGGGUGCUGAAAAGCCGGGAACUUCCCGGGGAGCAGCGGCCACUUUCCUCUCUCGGAGCGUGGGGGCGGGGGCGGGGGUAGCGGUGGGGGAGCGCGAUCCGCGUGCGCGCAGUGGGGCGGACGAGGUGUCGCCGGCCGGGGCUGCGGCGCUGCUGGCCGGGGCGAGCUGCCUGUGCUACGGCCGCUCCCUGCAGGGCGAGUUCGUGCACGACGACGUGUGGGCGAUCGUGAACAACCCCGACGUGCGGCCCGGCGCCCCGCUGCGCUGGGGCAUCUUCACCAACGACUUCUGGGGCAAGGGCAUGGCCGAGAACACCAGCCACAAGUCCUACCGGCCGCUCCGCGUCCUCACUUUCGAGCUAAACAUAUUUUUGACAGGCACGAACCCAUUCUAUUUCCAUGCAGCAAAUAUAAUUUCAUACUGCCUCGUGGCUCUUGGGCUGAUUUAUACCUGUGACAAAGCUGUCUUCAAGAACCGUGGACUCACUUUUGUUAUAUUGCUUUUUGCUGUGCACUCUAUUCACACUGAGGAACUCAACGAAAUAAUGGAUGAAAAAAGAACUGUGCCCCGUGCUCUGGAAGCUGAGCUAGGAGUGAAGAGCUUCCAGGUUACACUUCGGCCCCAGAGCUGGAAUUCAUCUGCGGUAAUCGACAGCAUUGAGGAAAACUGCUGCUGUUCCGUGAGCCGCUUGGGCAGACGCGUGUCUGUGCCAAUGGCAGCUGAGAGACUCUCUGGGCCUACAUCGGUCACCUUGAAGACACUUACAGUGGUGUUAAGAGAAGUCCUUCAUUAUUGUAUUUUUCAGAGACUGCAGCACAAGGAAGUUUUAGUGGGCUUGUUGUUCCUGGUUUUCCCGUUCAUUCCAGCCAGCAAUCUCUUCUUCAGGGUGGGUUUUGUGGUGGCCAAGAGAGUCCUUUACAUGCCUAGCAUGGGCCACUGCAUCCUUUUUGUGCACGGACUGAGCAAGCUCUGCACUUGGCUGCGUCAAUGUGGGGCCACCACCCUGACUGCGUCCACCGUGCUGCUGCUGCUGCUUUUCUCUUGGAAAACUGUGAAACAGAACGAAAUUUGGCUGUCAAGAGAGUCCCUGUUCAGGACAGGAAUUCAAACUCUGCCCCACAAUGCCAAAGUUCACUACAACUACGCCAAUUUUCUGAAGGACCAGGCAAAUAGGGUAGCCAUCUAGCACUACAGAACAGCCCUCAAGUUGUAUCCACACUAUGCAAGUGCCCUGAACAACCUUGAAACACUGACCAGAGAUACAGCAGAGGCAAAGAUGUACUAUCAGAGGGCUCUCCAGCUACAUCCACAGCACAACUUGGCUCUUUUAAACCUCAGAAAUCUCCUUCAGUCCCAGGAGAGAAAUGAAGAAGCUAUCAUCUUACUGAAGGAUUCCAUUGUUGACUGA